GACCCCACCUUGCAGUCUCUAUAAAAGACAACAGCACGCAUAUCGCAUCAUCAGUUUCAUUCGACUUCUUUGCGACGCUCCAAGUGUGGAAACAUGAGAUUUAUUGGCGCCAGCAUCCUUUUGGCAUUCGCUUUAGGAAUAGCGCAGGCCGGAUACGCAGGCAGCCUCGAUCAUGGUUCGGGAGGUGACGGCGGUUUCGUCGGAGGCGGUGAACACGGGGGAGGAGAACAGCUCGGCGGCGGCAACCACCUGGAACUAGGGGGAGGGGGAGGAGGAGGAGGAGGUCACUUGGAACUAGGAGGAGGAGGAGGCGGCGGCGGUCACUUCGAUCUUGGUGGUGGCGGCGGCGGAGGCCACUUCGAAUUAGGAGGUGGCGGCGGAGGUCACUUGGACCUUAGUGGUGGUGGCGGCGGCGGCGGCGGCGGCGGCGGUCAUUUGGAACUGGGAGGAGGUCAACAGUACGGUGGAGGAGAAGGCGGUCAUUUCCAAGGUGGUCACGGAUUCGAAUUGGGUGGAGGAGGAGGAGGUCACGGACUUGAAUUAGGUGGAGGAGGAGGAGGCCACGGACUUGAAUUAGGUGGAGGAGGAGGAGGUCACGGACUUGAAUUGGGUGGCGGAGGAGAAGGUCACGGACUUGAAUUAGGUGGAGGCGGAGGUCACGGCCUUGAACUUGGAGGCGGCGGGCACAGUUUUGAUCUUGGAGGCGGAGGCGGUCAAGAAUUUAGUAGUCAUGGUGUUGAUGGCGGUUCGGAACAUCACCACAUUCCGACCAAAACCAUAGAACACACUAAUCCCGUUCCGGUUCACAUUAUCAAGAAGGUGGGAGUCCCUGUACCGCAUCCUGUUGGAGUUCCUGUGCCUCAAGUAAUUAAAGUGGGAGUACCUCAACCCUAUGCCGUCCACAUUCCAGUACCUCAUCCUAUUCCUAUUCCGAUCUACAAGUUGGUUCCCCAAGAGAUCGAGAAAAAGGUUCCCAUUACCGUUGAGAAACUAGUCCCUGUUACAGUAGAAAAGCCUUACAAGAUUGAGAUUGAAAAGCAUCAUCCUGUACAUGUAGCCAAACCAUAUCCGGUUCAUGUCCCUAUUUACAAACACAUUUUCCACCACGUUCCUAAGCACGGAGGUGGUGGUGGUGGCGGAGGAGGUCAUGGAGGAUGGCAUUAAGCGUCGCAUUAAGCUAACCUGAUCAUUUUCCAUCUCCUUGUCAUUUAAACUUAACUUAUCAUCGCCAUCAUUUUUCAUUGUUAUGUUUGUUAUGUUGUGUUUUUUAUUUGUACAAAUAAAAUGUUUUUCAUAUA